CCUGCUUCAGUUUGACUGGUCAAACCAUAGCCUCGCACUUGUGAGAGUCGCAGAGUUAGGCUCUGGUUGUUAGACGGUCAGUGGUUAAAAGUUCAUCAUUUCCUAAAAUUACUUAGUGUUGAGUUGAUAGAAAGGUCGUCACAGCUAUGUUGUCCACCCUGAGGAAGCUCUUCUGCUUUAAGAAGGAGCCGAAAACCCCCUUGGGGUUUUGUGACGGCCCAAGCAGGGGAACGGGAUACUUGUCCUGCUUUCACUGUGGAACUGAAGACAGGUACCGCCAGCCUUAUGACCCUGAAAACCAAUUUCAUGAGGCAGUAUGCAUGGGAAAGCUCAAAGUGGUGGUGCGUCUCCUCAGGAAGAACCAAUUUCAUGUGAAUGAUGAGGAUGAAGGGAAACGAACUGCGCUCCACUUUGCGUGCUUCUACGGCCAUGUCAAUCUGGUUCGUUUUCUGAUAUUUAAGCGCUGUGAGAUUAAUGCCCUUGACAAUCAAAUGUCCACACCACUAAUGAAGGCUGUACAAAGCUGGGAGACAGAGAUCGUGACUGUCCUACUUGUUAAUGGAGCAGAUCCCAAUAUCAAAGACUGCAACGGAGAAGCAGCGAUCCACCAUGCAGUGUAUGUAGACAGGCCAGAUAUUGCCAGCAGUCUUCUUCAAUUUGGGGGAAACAUUGAAGAUACUACAAAGGAUGGGUUGACCCCUCUGCUGCUAGCACUCCGAGAAAGGAAACCCCGCAUGGCAGCAUACCUAAUCACACACGGUGCGAAUCUUCACGUAUCUGAUCAAUAUCUAAGAACAACACUCAUGUAUACUGUUAGAUGGGAUUGUGAAAUUAUGGUUGAAAUUUUACUGAAGAAUGGUGUUGAUCACCAGUUAAAGGACACAUUUGGAUGGAGUGCUCUUUAUUAUGCCAUUAUGGGGAAACGCAAAACAAAAAUGGUGAUUAUUCAGCACGACUUACUUCUCUGGAAACAACAAAAUACCUUCACACGAAAUCAGCCUGAAGAUGUCUUUUCAUCAGGGUAAGAUUUUAAGGUCUUUGAAUAUGAAUGUUAACUUAUAAUUAGAAGCAGAAAAAAGAACUAAUGUUUAUUGAAUAUUGUGUUCUUCACUGAUUCCAUCUGAUUUAUUUAGUGUCCAUGAUGCAUUAAUAUAAUCAUACAUUUUAAAGCUUUUA